AUGGCAUUGAAAGCUGUGUUACUAUUUCAGGCCAUUUUGGUGCUGUUAUUGUGGCCAUGCGAAUGCAAAACAAGGGUCUAUUACAUUGGUGCAGUUGAUUCCCUAUGGGACUACGCUCCGUCAGGCCUCAACAUGAAAACAGGACGGCCUUUGAACCAGGAUCCAAAAGCAUCUGUCUUUACCAUGAAAUCCAAAGAUCGCAUUGGAAAAGUUUACAAGAAAACGGUAUACCGCGAAUUCACGGACAAGACAUUCACAGAGCGGAAGCCACAUAGAAAGGAUCUAGGGAUUCUUGGUCCUGUUAUAAGGGGUGAAGUUGGUGAUGUGCUGUUGAUAGUUUUCAAGAAUAUGGCGCAACUGAAUUUUACGAUGCAUCCACAUGGCCUAAGUUAUCUCAAGUCUUCAGAAGGCUCCGUUUACAAGGACAAUACCAUGAAUGGUAUGGAUAGAGCAGUACCACCUGGUGCCACUUACAUUUAUACCUGGAAAAUAAACCCCGAAAAUGGACCGACUAAAGGAGAUCAACCUUGUAUUGCAUCCGUUUACCAUUCACAUGUAGCUGUGCCACAUGAUAUAAACACUGGACUUAUUGGCCUUCUGCUGGUUUGCAAGAAAGGAAGUUACGACAAACCCCCGGAGAGGGAGAUGUUUCUAAUGCAAAAUGUAUUUGAUGAGAACAAGAGUUGGUACAUAGAUGAAAACCUGAUUCUCAAUAACAUCGACCCAAAAACGAUAGACAAAGAAGAUGAAGAUUUCAUGGAAAGUAAUCUAAUGCAUGCUGUAAAUGGCAGAUUUUUUGGAAAUCUGGAAGAAUUGAAUGUCUGUUAUAAUAAAAAGGUUGUUUGGUAUCUUGGGGUUUUAGGAAAUGAAGUUGACAUGCAUACAGCUGUAUUCAAUGGCAACAUGCUUCAAAUUGACCAUCACCACACCGACUUUGUGUCCCUCUUCCCUGCUCGAACUGCCUCCGGUAUCAUGGUACCGAACCAGCCUGGCCGUUGGUUAUUCUCGUGUAACGUUGCUGACCAUUUAGACGGCGGAAUGUUCGCAUUUUACAACGUAAAGCGUUGCGGAUACAAUGGCAAAAUCAACAAACCAUCAGUUACAGGAAAGGUCAAGGAAUAUUACAUCGCUGUGGAGGAGCAGCCUUGGUCUUAUGCAGAAACCAAUAACAAUAUGUUUGACGGAGGAUCGCUUAACUCAGGGAGCGCUUCUACUUUCUUUGAGAGAGGAACAAAUAGAAUCGGUGGUACCUAUCUGAAAGCACGUUAUGUCCAGUAUGAAGAUUCCACGUUUACGAGAAAAAAGCUAAGAAGCCCAGGCAAGAUACAUUUAGGUUUGCUAGGCCCAGUUAUCAAGGCAGAAGUCGGCGACAUAAUCAGUGUUGUGUUCAGAAAUAAGGCGAGUCGUGCUUACUCGAUCCACCCACGUGGAGUAUGGUACGAUAAGGCGAACGAAGGCUAUGGCUACAAGGACAAAACAACGACAAAAAAGGACGAUGUUGUUUAUCCUGGCGCUCAGUACACAUACCAAUGGUUUGUGGACGAGAGUGUUGGGCCCACUGCUAAGGAUCCUCCCUGUGUUGCAAGACUCUAUACAUCGAAUGUUAAUCCUGUCAAAGACAUGUAUUCAGGUUUGAUGGGACCGUUGGUGAUUUGCAAGAAAGGAUCAAUAGAACCAGAUGGUAUGCCAAAAGGCUACGAUGCUGAGAAAUUUCUUCUAAUGGCGGUGAUGGACGAAAACAAAUCAUGGUACUUAGAUGACAACAUGAAGAAGUAUUGCACCUCGGAUUCUUGUGGUGGGGUCAGCAAAGAGGAUGAAGAUUUUAUGGAAAGCAAUAAGAUGCAUCAGAUUAAUGGAAAAAUGUAUGGGAAUCUACAGGGGCUGAAAUUUUGCAAAAACAGCAAGAUUUUAUGGCAUGUGUUUGUUGUUGGGACUGAGACAGAUAUCCAUGCUGUUUAUUUUCAUGGAAAUGAGUUUGAAAUUGAAGGAAAUCACAAGGACUCGUUGACACUUUUUCCUGGUGCGUCAGCUAGCUUUUCUAUGAUGACUGACAACAUUGGAAAAUGGGCACUGGUUUGCAAAGUAAAUGACCACUACAUGGCUGGCAUGAAAGCGUUCUAUGAUGUUCUUCCAUGUGGGAAGUUUGAAAAUUCACUGCCCAAAGCAGCUGCCAUACGGAAAUAUUACAUAGGUGCUAUGGAAAUCAAGUGGGACUAUGCCGAGAAUGGGCAGAAUCUUAUCAAAGGAGGGAGACUGGAUGAUGAUGAAAAUGCCGCAGUCUUUACAAAGAAAGGUCCAAACAGAAUUGGCAGAGUUUACAAGAAAGCAGUCUACCGUGAAUUCACUGACGCUAACUUCACUCGACUUAAAGAAAGAACGGAAAAGGAUGUGCAUUUAGGCACUUUAGGCCCAAUCAUAAGGGCAGAAGAAGGGGACGAAAUUAUUGUUGUUUUCAAGAACAUGGCUAGUAGAGACUACUCAAUACAAGCUCACGGUGUCUUUUACGAUAAAAACAACGAAGGUUCCGUCUACAUGGACCAAUCUCGCACACAGAAGUCCCGUGCAGUAAAACCUGGAUCACAACACACAUACCGUUGGUUUGUUUCAAAAUCCUCAGCUCCAGGCCCUAACGAUGGCCCUUGUAUCACGUGGUCAUAUUUUUCGGGUGUUGAUAUAAUCAAGGAUACCAAUACGGGCCUAGUUGGGCCACUCAUUACUUGCAAAAAGGGAAUACUGGGCAGAGAUGGCCAAAGGACUGAUGUUGACAAAGAGUUUGCGUUGAUAUUUUCUGUCUUUGAUGAAAACGAGAGCUGGUACUUGAAAGACAACAUCCUUAAGUUCGCAGGAGAUCCACAGUCGAUCGAUACAGGCGAUGAAGAUUUCAAAGAAAGCAAUAAAAUGCAUGUUAUAAAUGGACAUUUGUUUGGAAAUGGGCCAAACAAUGGCAAUUAUUUGACGAUGCAAGUUGGUGAUCGCGUUGCUUGGUACCUCAUUGGCUUUGGAAACGAGGUUGAUAUCCACACAGUGCACUUUCAUGCAAAUGAUUUUAUACAUCGAACAAACACAGAACAUCGCGACAACACUUACAAUGUAUUUCCCGGUGUCUUCGAAACACUCGAAAUGGUCCCAAAGCACAAGGGUACCUGGCUACUACACUGUCAUGUUCACGACCACUUGGAAGGAGGAAUGGAGACAAGAUAUACCGUUCAUGAGAGAAAAUCAGUGUCUUUGUGCCGUGACAAGUUUAGUUUUUGCAAAGAUCUAAAGAGCACUUGCGUUCAUAAAUGGGUGAAACGAAACUGUCGGAGAUCAUGCAUGCAGUGCAAUGAACGUACAGUGCGUGAAAAGCCUGAGCCUGUGCAGUGCAUCGACAGGCUGGAGACAUGCUCUCGAUGGGCUGCCAUUGGUUACUGCAAAACCAAACUCAGUUCAUUCAAGAGAUUUAUGGAACGAGUAUGCCGAAAAGUUGCAACCCUCAUUGCAAGAAACUCCUUCUUGACUGAUCAGACCGAUUUUGUAUUGCUAGUUAGAGUUAAUAGUUAAGAAAGUAAAUCUGUCUAACAAAAGUCAGACCAAUUUAAAAGUAAGUUUGCAUUUACUUAAAGUCUUA